AUGAAGUUACUGGUCUCCAAGCUUGCUGGUCGUGGACAUGAGGUGCUGAUUGAACCCCACAUUCCUGAGGGGCAAACGUUCAAGAUGCCGGACAGUGUGGUGUGCGCCGAGGACGCUCUCACGGUGGUGGACGUAUCCGUUUCUGGGGACGAAUUGAUGGACACGGUCUACGCUGGGAAGAUCCGACACUAUUCCACAGUGGAGGUCGAGGGGAAUCUACGGAGGAUCCUCGGGAAACCAGCAGACAUUCCAAUCCUACAUGUGCCCGCCAUCUUUUCCUCUCGAGGCAGCAUAUCACCGCGCAGUGAAGCUAGACUGCGGCUUCUAGGAUUGUCCACGUUUGAUCUAUCGGAUUUAUGUCUGACUGUGAUACGAGGCUCUCUGAAGGCCUAUGACGUCUAUGUAUGCGGAGCCGGCAGUGCAGAGAACGGCUGA